AUGUAUUGCAAUUCAUCGGGCCUCCCGCAGAUUGUGACACAUUGUUUGUGCUACGCGGCCGUUACACCGUGCUUCCCACUAUCACAUCACUCGCAAGCGAUCCGUUCACAAUUGCAUGCCCGACAAUGGCUGACCGAGGCCGUGGGAGAGGACGUGGACGCGGGGAUGGAGCCGCCCGCGGCGGUCCAAGCCGAGGAGGCGCAUUCCCGCCCGGCCGUGGAGGAGGAGACCGUGGCCGAGGCGCUGGCGAUCGAGGUGGACGCGGCGGAUUCCGUGGCGGCAGUGACCGUGGUGGUGGAGAUCGCGGAGCGUUUCGUGGAGGAGGUGAUCGCGGCCGAGGUGGCGGUGAUCGAGGUGGACGCGGUGGACGCGGUGGCGGACGGCCGCCUGCUCAGGUCUACACCCCUCGCACUGGAGGAACUCCCGCCCCUGAUGCCCAGCUCGUUGAACCUCGAGGGGUCCAAUGUCAUGCCAGCCCGACCUGGCUACGGCACUGAGGGCCAGCCCAUCACCGUCUACGCUAACUAUGUCCAGCUGAUUCCCAGAUCUGACCUAACGCUUUACUCUUACGAUGUUUCUGAAAUCAAACCCGACGUUGUUGGAAAGAAACGCACACAGGUCAUCCGUCUUUUGAUCAACGAGUCACCAGAGCUGGCCGGCUGCCGAGGAGACAUGGUCACCGACUUCAAGUCCACCCUCAUCUCCGCAAAGCAGUUGGACGUGCAAGAAAAUGAGAGUGUCAUCGAUGUCACAUACAAGGCUGAGAGGGAAGAUGAUCCCAAGGAGCGUGCCCCACAGUAUAAGGUCACGGUCAAGUACACCAAAACCCUGACUGUUGGCGACUUAGUGUCUUUUCUCUCCUCCACGAACCCGGCUGUUCAGUAUGACAGCAAAUUGGAAAUGAUUCAAGCCCUCAACAUCUUCCUCAAGCAUUGGGCCAAGUCGGUAAAUAACGUCGCAACGAUUGGAGCAAGCAAGACCUUCUCAAUGAGUGGAGACGCUGAUACAUUUGACCUUGGAAGAGGUCUCACUGCUCUUCGUGGCUUCUUUACAAGCGUUCGAGCUGCCACCAAUCGAAUUCUCGUCAAUGUUAACGUCAGCCACGGCGCCUUCUACAAUGAGGGAAGGCUGACGAAUUUGAUGACGGCGUAUGGCCUUCGGUACGAUCUCAGCGGACUGCGUUCUCUUGAGAGAUUCCUCAAGACUGUUCGUGUCAGAGCGACGCACCUGAAAGAGAAGACGAAUAGAAAGGGAGAAGUCAUCUACCGGCCCAAGACUAUCUUCGGGCUUGCUAAGAAAUCCGAUGGCCAGGGACCAAAUCGACCAAGGGUUAGAGAAUUCGGUGCUGGACCGAAGCACGUGGAGUUUUGGCUCGAGGACAGGGCCACAUCAACAACACCCUCGGCCUCUACCCCAGGUGCUGAGCCAUCUCAAUCCUCAUCCAAGAAGAAGGGGAAGGGCAAAGGCGCGAAGAGCAAAGCGGCAGCACCCACGACAGCUGGGCCCCAGCCUGCUUCUGCCGGCGCUGGCCGCUACGUCAGCGUUUACGACCAUUUCAAGAACACGUACAAUAUUGAUUGUGCAGACGAUUGGCCUGUCAUCAAUGUUGGCUCAGACAAGAAUCCCUCCUACUUGCCUGCUGAAGUUUGUGUUGUGCUGCCUGGCCAGAGCGCCAUGACGAAGCUCAGCGGCGACCAGACCAGGAACAUGAUCAGGUUCGCUGUACGCGGGCCGUGGCUCAACGCAGAGUCUAUCGUCAAUGAUGGCUUGCUCACGGGCGGUCUGUCUACACAGAGCAAUCCACUCCUUGCACAAUUCGGUAUCAAUGCUGGCCAGAACCUGAUUACCGUCCCAGCUCGUGUAAUGCAAGAGCCUAAGGUCUACUACAAGAAUAAUAAGCCUGUAAAUGUCGCUUUUGGCAGCUGGAACAUGGAAAAUGUCAUGUUCAACAAGCCUGGGAAUCUGAAAACAUGGUCCUGGGUUGCUAUUCGAGAUGCGAGGCGCCCUAACUUUACCAUGCAGGACCUCACAGCCACUGUCAGCAGGUUCACUACAUCGCUGAGCAAGAAUGGCGUGACGGUUCAGCAACAAGCGCUUGGUGGCCGGGAAAUAGAACUCAAAUCCUCCAGCGACCCGGCAUUGGAGAAGUUGUUCCAGGAUGCCUCAGCUAAGCUUGAUCUUCUUCUCGUCAUCCUCCCCGGCAGAGACAAGAGCGACAACACAGAACUGUACAGCUACGUCAAGACCCUCGGUGAUACGAAGUACGGCAUUCAUACCAUUUGUGUCGUGGGGUCCAAGUUCACUGGUGGAAGAGGAGAGGACCAAUAUUUCGCGAAUGUCGCUCUCAAGUUUAACCUCAAGCUUGGUGGCAACAACCAGAUGGUAGAGCCUUCCCGUCUCUCCUUCAUCAAUGAGGACAAGACCAUGGUUGUGGGCAUCGAUGUCACGCAUCCCUCUCCUGGCUCCUCAUCUCACGCACCGUCUGUUGCCGGCUUAGUGGCCUGUCCGGACAAGCAUCUCAGUCAGUGGCCUGGCGUCCUCAGCAUCCAAACUGAGGCCCGUCAGGAGAUGGUGUCCGACCUGACCCCGAUGAUGAAGACCGCUCUUGGCAACUGGAUCAAACUCGGAAAGCAUACGGCUCUCCCAGAGAACAUCCUCAUCUAUCGCGAUGGUGUCUCGGAGGGCCAGUACCAGACAGUCUACGACGAGGAGAUCCCACUCAUGCGAAAGGCAUUUGCAGAGAUUUACCCUGCAGAUCUGACCAAGAAGAACCUGCCCCGGCUGACCGUUAUCAUCGUCGGCAAGCGCCAUCACACACGCUUCUACCCAAGCCAGGCCAAGGACAUGGACCGCGGCGGCAACUGCAAGCCCGGCACGAUCGUCGACCGCGGCGUCACAGAGGAGGGCAUGUGGGACUUCUACCUGCAGUCGCAUGCGGUAAUCCAGGGCACCGGACGGCCGGCGCACUACGUCGUGGUGCUGGACGAGAUCUUCCGCGAGCGGGCCAGGCGACUCAAGACCACCAAGCCGCAAGAGUCGCCCGCCAGCGAGCUCGAGAGGAUGACGCAGGCCCUGUGCUACACCUACUCGCGUGCCACCAAGGCAGUGAGCAUCUGCACGCCGGCGUACCAUGCCGACAUUCUGUGCGAGCGCGCACGCCGGUACUUGGCGGAUCUGUUUGAGGGCAGCUCGGAUGAUGCGAGCAGUGUUGCUGGAGCGAGCAGUGUCGCGGCGACUGUGAAGGUCCACCCGAAAUUGGAGAACACCAUGUUCUACAUCUGA